CUCUGGAAAAGUCUCUCACUGCAGUCAUGCCAAGAAGCUCAGAGCAGCUUUCUUUUCUGGUCCUGGAGAACUUCAUCGGAGGAAAGUUUGUCCCGUGUAAGAAUCACGUUGACUCCUACGACCCCUCCACCGGAGAUGUCUACUGCAAAGUACCGGACAGCAGCAAGGAGGAGGUGGACGCAGCAGUGGCAGCAGCUAAAGAGGCUUUCCCUGACUGGUCAGCCCGCAGUCCACAGCAGCGAGCCGAGGUCCUCAACAAGUUGGCUGACCUGAUUGAUGCCAACAUGGAGGAGUUGGUCCAAGCUGAGUCCAGAGACCAAGGUAAAACCCUGACGUUCGCUCGGACCGUGGACAUUCCUCGAUCUGCGUACAACUUCCGCUUCUUUGCCUCGUCCGUGCUUCACCACACCAACGACUGCUGCCAGAUGGACCACAUGGGCUGCCUGAACUACACCGUGCGCUGUCCGGUGGGAGUGGCUGGUUUGAUCAGUCCCUGGAACCUCCCUCUCUAUCUGCUGACGUGGAAGAUCGCUCCUGCGAUCGCCACGGGCAACACGGUGGUGGCCAAACCCAGUGAGAUGACCUCUGUGACCGCGUGGAUGCUGUGCAGGCUGAUGCAGCAAGCUGGCGUCCCUCCAGGUGUGGUCAACGUUGUGUUUGGAACUGGUCCCAGAGCAGGAGAUGCACUGGUGGCUCAUCCUGAUGUCCCCUUGAUCUCCUUCACCGGCUCCACAGCCACCGCCCAGCGCAUCACAGAGCGGAGCGCCCCGCACUGCAAGAAGCUCUCCCUGGAGCUGGGAGGGAAAAACCCGGCCAUUAUUUUCGCCGACGCAGACCUCGAGCCGUGUAUCGAGACGACCGUCCGCUCCAGCUUCUCCAAUCAGGGAGAAGUCUGCUUGUGCACCAGCAGAAUUUAUGUCGAGAGGAGCAUUUACUCUGAGUUUUUGGAGAAGUUUGUGGCUGCAGCGAAAAAGUGGAAGACCGGCGCUCCCUCUGACCCCAACAACAACAAUGGAGCCCUCAUCAGUAAAGAGCACCUGGAGAAGGUGCGUAGCUUUGUCGCACUCGCCAAAUCAGAAGGUGCCACCAUCCACUGUGGUGAGGGAGUUAACCAGCUGGACCUCCCCGAGCGCAACAAGUCCGGUUACUUCAUGCCUGCCACGGUGAUCUCAGGAGUGUCUGACAGCUCCCGUGUCAUGCAAGAGGAGAUCUUCGGCCCCGUCACCUGCGUCAGCCCCUUCGACACAGAGGAUGAGGCCGUCGCCAGGGGAAACGGCGUGCGUUACGGCCUGUCAGCCACCGUGUGGUCCCGGGAUGUGGGGAGGGUUCACCGGGUGGCUCAGCGGUUGCAGGCGGGAGUGCUGUGGACCAACUGCUGGCUUAUUAGAGAUCUCAAUCUGCCUUUUGGAGGAAUGAAGAACUCCGGCGUGGGCAGGGAGGGAGGGAAGGAUUCCUAUCACUUCUUCACGGAGGUGAAGAGCAUCACGAUCAAACACUGAGGGGAGGAGGUCUGGUGAAACCUGCAGGGCGCAGUGUUUGCAAAUAUAGGCCCUUUGUCACGAGAUUUAGAAAACAUCAGCGUUAAAUCUCACUUCUUGUUCUCUUUGAUUGUUUGAAUUAAGUCACAUCAGUAAAAUCCCAUGCAUAUAAACUAACAGGAAUCUAACGUUAAUGUUUAAUAAAAA